CGUGCUUCCACAUAAAAGAUAUAGGAGAGAGGCUCACUUUUAAUUAGAUUUAAACAAGAGCCUAGUUUUUCAGGCAUGGGGCCCCUCCUACCAGCAUAUGAAGAGAAAACUUCUCCAGAAGUAUGAAUCGCCUUCUGAAUGCUCGUGACAGCAGCAGAGGAAAAGUACCUAGAUUACCUUAUUCUAAAAUGUGAUGGCAGAGAGUUGAUCCAGGAUUGAUCCUUCUGGAGUACAUUCAAAGUGGAGACAUAUAGCCCAACGUAUUUGAAGAUCUUAGUUUGGAAAGGAAAAACUGCAGUAUUUUUUAUAUUUAAAACAUUUUUUUGGUAAAAUUUGGUGAUGUUGCUGUUCGCCAUACAGAGGUAAAAGCCGUGAUGGACGUAAGCUAUGCAGAAGAUGGAGAAGCAUGCGCGCUCAUCCUCCAGGGGAUUUGGGAGUAUGCGCGAGCAGGGCAGGAGGUUAUCCUGCUGUCCCCGUACCUGCCUGCGUCCUACGCCUUCUUGACGCACGUCCUGCUCUGCGCACCUUUCCUCGCGCUGGACGCGCUGGCGAGCGUCAGUGAGCGGGUCCGGUCGUGGAGGAUCGCGCCAGACUCGGGUCCACCGCCGUCUCUCAGACGAUGGUUUGACUGUUUUUGGAGGGUACUGUACAGAUACCUGACUACCGUCCUCCCCGCCACCGCAGUCUUUCAGACGCUGAGGAGCCCUGGUCCGUUACCGGAGCUGGCUCCGUCCUGCUGGCAGCUCUUUGUGGAAGUCUUCUCAUGUUUCCUGCUUUUUGACAUGCUCUUCUUCAUGUGGCACUUCUCCAUGCACAGAGUUCCCGGGCUCUACAAGAGGAUCCACCAGCUGCAUCACCAGCACCACACACCCUUCGCUCUGGCAGCUCAGGACGCCAGCUCAGCUGAGCUGCUGUCUCUGCUGCUGCUGGCUCUGACCAGCUCCUGGGUGGUGGGAUGCCACCCUCUAAGCGAAGCCUUUUUCCACCUCAUCAACAGCUGGCUGGCGGUGGAGGAUCACUGUGGCUACGACCUGCCCUGGGCUCUGCACAGGCUGCUGCCCUGUCUGGGAGGAGCCCCCUACCACCAAGCCCACCAUAGUACCUACAGUGGCAACUACGCCCCCUACUUCACCCACUGGGACCUCCUCUUUGGUACAUACUGUACAUCAGUGCUGCAUUCACGUCCAGAGUGACAAAACUGUUGCAGGAAAAUCUGUCAAGAUGCCCUGAUUUUUUCUACAGAUUUUGGUUGUUACUGAUCAACUUUCCAUUGCACGCUCCGUGAGGGAUAUGGGAUCCCACGGUUUACAUCACUGCCAUUUCAGUCACAUCCAAAUAUCUUUUUAAAAUGUAUAAUUCUCUAAGCAAGACUGCAUACUGUCAUGUUAACCUGCAAUUUCUACAGCUGUUCUAUAUCAAGUGAAUGCAGAACGAGAUGAGGAGGGA